AGCGGUUCCAAUUUUAUGAAUCUUAUGUUCCAGCCAGCGCUCGCAAGCUGGAGGAACGCGAAGGUUGAAAUGAAAAUGGAAGAAAAUUAAUUUAUAGGACUAUGCUGCUACGUCUCUGGCUAUGGCUGCAGUGCACGUCCACGUCAGCUCCCUUAGCUCACCAACCGAUUAACGUGUCCUCGCAAUCCCGUAGCGACAGCUGUCUCGCUCAAGGUUGUAAGAUGCAACUCUCCUGCCUCUAAGUAACAUGCCUUAUGGGAUAAUUCCUCUGCAAAAUUGACUUCUCUUCAUUACAUUCCAGAAGUACAGAACCAGGGACAAAAGCUCAACUUUCCACAAACGUUUUCAUAGCAAAUCUGGAGCACACACUGAUCUUGGAUAUAAAAUCUGCCGUUCUUUGUGUUUGUUUUGCUUCUUUCUUUUGCUAUAAUUUAUGCUAUUGUCCCACUGGGUGACAGCUUAUCAUGAGAUUCCGAAUCUACAAGAGGAAAGUGGUAAUACUGACUCUGGUGUUUGUAAUUUGUGGAUUUGCCUUUUGGAGUAGUGGGAAGCAAAAAAAAGGAAGUGCCCUUUUCCCCAAAGAAGCUGAGACUGUUAAAAGGAGCAGCAGUAGCAGCCAAUCACAGGUCACUGUACCAGUAACUCAAAAACCAGUCAAUGAAACACUUCCAGAAAAAGUUGUUCCUAAGCUUGAGGUGGAUAAUACUACUCUGGUAUACCGGGGGAUUGUAUUCCAGCUCAACUUUGACCAGACCUUGAGAAACGAGGAGAAGUUCCGGUCUGUGCGACAGAAGGAUGAUCUAGUGGUAGUAGUUCAGGUCCACAACCGCCCAGAGUACCUGAGGCUGCUUGUAGAUAGCUUGAGGAAGUCAAAAGGUAUUGAGAAUAUCCUGCUUAUAUUCAGCCAUGACUUCUGGUCCCCCGAGAUCAACCAAGUAGUAUCAUCUAUUGAUUUCUGCCUUGUUCUCCAGAUUUUCUUUCCUUUCAGCAUCCAGCUCUACCCUCAAGAGUUUCCUGGGAAUGACCCCAGAGACUGCCCCAGAGACAUUUCCAAGAAAGACGCCUUAAAACUGGGUUGCAUAAAUGCAGAGUACCCAGACUCAUUUGGCCACUACCGUGAGGCCAAAUUCUCCCAAACAAAACACCACUGGUGGUGGAAGCUGCAUUUUGUUUGGGACAGAGUCCGUGCAUUAAAGGAUCACAAUGGACUGGUGUUGCUUAUUGAGGAGGAUCACUACUUGGCCCCAGACUUCUAUCAUCUUCUCAAGCUCAUGACAUCUUUGAAGUGGGAGCAGUGCGCUGAUUGUGAUAUUCUUUCACUAGGGAGCUACGGGCACAUUGGCUAUGCCAGCAAAGCCAACAGGGUGGAGGUGAAGGCCUGGAAAUCCACAGAGCACAACAUGGGCAUGGCCAUGAAUAGGGAGACAUACCAGAAACUCAUCCGGUGCACAGACACCUUCUGCACUUAUGACGACUACAACUGGGACUGGUCCCUGCAGCACCUCACUGUGGCUUGCCUGCCCAGUUUCUGGAAGGUCAUGGUUAGUGAAGCACCUCGCAUCUUUCAUGCUGGUGAUUGUGGUAUGCACCAUAAGAAGUCAACUUGUAUGCCCAACAGUCAGAAGACAAAGAUAGAAAACAUUUUACAGAGCAGCUCAAACCAGCUGUUUCCCAAAAAACUGCUCAUCACAAAGAGAUUGCCUGCAUCAAGUGCUGGUGGAGAGGCCCCUCAUGUUAAAAAUGGAGGCUGGGGGGAUAUAAGGGACCAUGAACUUUGCAAGAGCUAUCUUCGAUUACAUUGACCUUCUUAUCUUUGUUUGGUUGGUUGGUUUAUUGGAAUAUUUUUUUUGUUUUUUGCAUCCUCUAAUGAAAGCCUUUACAAAUUCUUAAUGGACAAUCUCUUUAUAUUGCCUGUUUUGUUGUAAUGUUCCAAAUAAAAAGGUAUGCGGGGGUUUGGGUUUUGUGCUUGUCUUUUAA